GGUGCAGGAGCGUCGCGAUGGGACUGUCAGGAGCAGAUGAUUGGAGCGAACAAACACAAUCUAACGAUUAUUUCUCCAAAUUACGAGACAUUGGUCGUCGUGCAUACGUUUGGACGUUAUGAGCUCAAUAGUUGGCACGACUAAAAUAUGAGGAUGAAGAUGAUGACUUCUAAGAAGGAUAGGGCUGUUUGACUUGUGCUCAUGACAAGUGACCCUAUGGAGUUGGAAACCAGCAGCGGGGACCAUGACGACAACCGGAACUCCGACCCGGGCUGUCUGUCCAUCCGGAGCAAAGGAAAAGAUUCCCCAGCGUCCACGGGGCCCACUCCCAAGCACGGCUCCAGCGUCCGGGACCGCAGCCAGGACAGGUCCAAGACCCGGAUCUGGGAGCCUGAUCCCGACCGGGACGUGGCGUCGGACGGAGAGAGGCGGGGCAGCGCUGGUAGUUCGUUAUAUUCAGACGACUACGAGUCUCGCUCUUCGGGGCGCUCGCUCUCGCCGUACUCGCGGUCGCGCACGCCGUCGCGCACCUCGCCGCGAGGGCCUCGGACCAAUGGGGCUCUGCAGGCCAGUCCUUUCCGCAAGACAGGUGGGGGAAGAGGAGGAGGGGGUCCGGCGGGGAGUGACACGCCCCAGCGCACGGUGGCCCCCCCUUCUCUGUCCCGACGCUGCACCGAGGGCGUGAGCGGCGGCGGCGCGGAGGGCGCUCCCUGCAGAGCAAGGGAGCCCGCGGCCCCCAAGGACCUAGACCUGGUCACCAAGCGAUGCUGUCGGGCGCGGCUGCUGAAGAUCAACGAGCUGCGCAACGCGCUCACCGAGCUGCAGCUACGCAUGGACGAGUUGCAGAAGGAGAACCGCGUGCUGCGGCAGCUCCAGUUGCGCCAGGAGAAGGCGCUGCAUCGCUACGACGACACGGAGAGCGAGAUCUCGCAGCUGUUGACGCGCCACAGCAACGAGACCACGUCGCUGCGCGAGCGGCUGCGGCGCGCCCAGGAGCGGGAGCGGGCGUCGGAACGCCGGCUGAAGGACGCCGAGGAGCGCCUGCAGAGGAGCCAGGCAGCGGAGGCGCGGCUCCGGAGGCUGGCGGAGAAGCAGGAGCUGGGGCCCCGCGAGGAGCUCAGCCGCCAGCUGGAGCAGGAGAAGGGCCUGGGUCAGGAGGCCCAGCGCAGGAUCAAGGAGCUGCAACGCGGCUUGGAGCUGAGCAACAGCAGUUACCAACGGCAGCUGGCCGCCGAGAGGAAAAAGGUUGUCGGCGUUCAGGAGGAAAUGAGGACGCUGCAGGAGGAGCUGGUGAGGCUGAGCGCUAAGCUAAAGGAGAAGGAGAGGGAGCUGGACACGAUGAACAUCUACGCCAACCGUGUGAUGAAGCCCUCUGCUCGAAAAGACACGGAUCUCGGAGCGAAGAGCAGAGCACCCAGCAUCACCAAGGCAGUGCAGACAGAAGAAAGGCCCCCAAGCCCCGGAUUCCCCACGCCUCCCCCUGCGGCCAUCGCCGACGGCAACGAGUACGCCAAUCGCACGCCCGAUAACCUGUCGUUCAAGGAGCUCCACAACGACCACAGGGGGCAGGAGGGAAGCCGGGAGAGGAGGGAUGAAGACCAUCAGGAGAGGGAGAUGGCAAAGGGCAGAGGGAGGGAGAAGGAGGAGAAACGGCCGCAGAAAUUGUUUUCGAAUGGCCCAGAGCUGAAGCCAAAAAGAUCAGAAGAAGAACAUGCUCCUUCAACAGGCCGGGAGAAAGAGGAGAAGAGGGAACCGGCCACCCUCACCCACAAGCUGGACGACAAGAGGCAGCGGAGGGGCCCGCUCCGGGAGGAGGUGGAGAAGGAGGAGGUGGUGGUGGAGAAGGAGGAGGAGGUGGUGGUGGGCAGCAGAUGGAACCAGGAGGAAGCUGAGGAGGAGCGACGCAGGAAGGACCAUCUGCUGGCCAAGCUGAGGGAGAUCGACCUGCAGAAGGAGCCCUCACCCCCGAACCCUGUGUUCUCCGACCGAGACCCCCGCCCUGUCCCACACCAACACCACCACCACCACCACGCUGCCUCGGGGCCACCCCCACUCCACAGCCUCAACCCUGCAGCCGUCUUCAGCUUCACAGCACUGGAGGAGUCGGCGGGCGCGACGCACACCACUCAGGGGGGCGGGGACGGGGGGAUGAAGGUUGGGGAGGGGGUGGCGGGGGCGGGGCGCAGAGGGCUGCCUCGGCCCCAGCUGUCGGACCCGGACGACCUGACCUUCGGCAGCUACGCCCCCACCAUCGGACGCCCCCCCGCCCGCGGCUCCAUCUCCGGCGGCUUCCCUUCACCCCCGCCUCCGCCCAGAGAGGGAGACAAGGAGAGGGAGAGGAGCGCGGGGAGCGGCGAGGGUCGGAACUCCGUCAGUCUGAUGGAGCAGCUGUUCGGAACGCUGGCCACGCCCCCCGCCCAGAUCUCUAGCUCAUCCAAUAGGAUGGCGGCGCUCGCUAGCGAGUCGCGCCCGCGGCGGGAGAAGCUGUUCGGCCCCGAGGCGGCGGCGCCGGGCCCCUUCCAGGGCACGCUGCACGUGGCGGAGAGCCGGCCCGCGGUCCGAGCCAUCGCUUCAUUCGACGACGACAUCGAGGAACUCACUCUCUGAUUGGCUCACAGGAAAAGAGGAGGGGAUUGUACCUUUUUUAUCAUAAAUUAGUUUGAGAGGCAAUUUUUGUAUGAGGAAUUAUUGUGCAAAUGUGUGUGUCUGUACCAUUGUUCAGAAUCUGGAGCAUCUGGAUGCAGGAAGUGACAUCAUAGUUCCAAUUAGAUUUUGCUCAAGCACUGUUUAGCUACAGGCGGUUCGUUAUUCUGGGAUAAUCGGAUCGGUUCAGAAUAAAAAGCAGGCGGUGAAUGGUUGUGUACUCAGGUAAAAGUAUUGUCAAUGGAAUGAAUCCAUUACAAAGAUGUAAAUUAUACAAAUGUAUAAUUUUAUACAUUGUCCUAAUGUAUAAUUAAUAUAUGUACAUACAUCGUCAACCCUUAUAGUCUGUUGGACGCUGUAAGUCUCUGAUAUGAAUGAAAUUAUACAUUGUUAUCACUUAUUCUUCUGACACGAUUCAUCAUUUCAUGUAUGGUGUUUGUUAUUUUGUGUUUGUAUGGAUGUCGUUAUUGUUUGUAUAUAUUUUCUGAACUACAGUUCCGUUGUCGUACUUCAUAAUUCGUAAGCUCUAGUAUAUGUAUUAAAUAGUACAAUUUACAUUGGAGCUGGUACAAUCAUGCUUGUGAAGCCUUGAAUUUUUAGGUAAUUGACGCAAUUUACCCUAUUAGAUGAAGGACGGAAAAUUUAAUUUGGUGCCAGAAUGUAAAAUAUGAUAUAACAUUAUUGUCAAAAAAAGACUUGUACCACUUAACUUCAAAACAGUAAACAAGGAAUGCUCAUUUAUACUACCUUCAAGUGCCAGUGCUCAUUCAAAAUAUAUCAAAUAGUUAAUACUUUUUUUAACUUUUAUAUUAGGAAUAGGAUUUUGGGGAAUUUAUUUAAUAUUUAUGCAUUUGGCUUGUUAUUUCCGUUUUUAUACAAUAUGUAUAAAUGUAUUGUAUUUGUAUGUCAAAUAGUUGUUUAUGUCAAUAAACGAAGUCAACCAAU